AUGGCAGACAAUUUGACUGGUAGUCUCGAAGAAAAUUUGAAUAGCGCGAUCACAAUCAUCGCUUCCGCCGAAAUGCUAGCACAGUACUCGCCGUUCUUCGAAGACGUAAACAAUAGUUAUUGGCAACCUGGUGGAACGAAAAGAAUAUUGCUAGAAAAAGGGUUACCAGAGACGUUUGCGAUGGUAGUUCCUUGCUCUACAAAGGUGGACCCUUUAGGGAAUGGAACUUUGACAGCGACCAAAUGGACGCUGGGUUAUCGUGUAAUGUUCAAAUCAACAUCUAAAAAAUACUGGCAUUGUGAUCCUGGAGAUGCUUGUUUCUCAAGUUUCUAUGAAGUCAUGCUCCAAGUAUCUAAUUUGAAUAACUCCAAACUUAGUGAUGACUUCAAUGAUGCAGUCGAAAUUAUUGCAGGCACGGAUGAGAAAAAAUUAAGGCAUCAAUUCGCAUCGAAAGUCCUGGCACUGCGUUCAAAAUAUUUCAGGGUUAAGAUCAAGAAUUACUCAUAUCUACCACACAGCGAAGACGAGCGUAUGAUAAUAAAUCUCUCAGAACAGAGUAUUGUAGCCUUGGAGGCUUUUCUUGCGUGGAACUCGACUGGAACUAUCCGUUGCGGAGAACGACUUUCUGCUGUCACUGUGGAUCGCGAUGCGGCGGUGGUAACGACAGAAAAGCUUGAUAAGUACAGACUUUUUUGGGAUCGGCUUUUGGAAUUCUACCUCUUGAAAGAUUUCUUAGGAGCUUCGGCCUUCUGUAAUUCUGCCAUAAACACCUUGAUCGGAGCUAUUGAUAGCGAAAGUCAAGAUCGAGCAAAAUUUGUACCGAAGCUCGAAGUCUUCGCACCAAUUUUGGGAGUCGACGACCCUGAAGACAACCAGAAUCAUCUCAAUGAUGCCGAGAAUCACAAAGAAAAUGAGGAAGAUGACAAUCAACACGUUGAAGAUCAAUGGUAA